AUGGCUGCCGAUGGCGACUCCUUCUUGCCUCGCAUCCAGUCUGUGUUCUACGCUGCAUUCGACGUCCGACAGGGACCAAAAAUCGUAUACCAAGUCCCUGAAGGCCUGAUCUCUUGCUCGUCUGGGACAACAUCAACUCUGUUCAAUUUCGACGACAUCUCGAAAUAUGUCAUCCCCCAUCCUAUGCUCUGUGGCAGGCUUGUCAUUUGUGCGGCCAGAAAGUACCGUAUAAUCGGUUUUCCUACUCAACUAAGGGGAAAGUACGAGCGAAAUUAUUUCCGCUUCAACCUCUGCUUUGUGUUCGACCGCUCUGCAGACUUGAGCUGUUAUGAGCCUGUCGUACGGAAAGUCAGCCGCGUGCUGACGAAUUGCGAAGAAGAAUCGGCCUUCCUUUCUUCCCCAGAAAGCUCUUUCAAGAUCCACGCCAUCUUGGAGCAACUCUACGAGGACCUCAACUCCUAUUCGGAGACCUCCAUCUCUUUAGACAGAUUCAAUUCCAUAGAACUGAAGAUAUUCCCAUUCUAUCCGAAUCCACCUCCAGUAAUGGAUUGGACGGUGCCCUUGGCUCUGAUUAACCUGGAGAAAAAUAUAGAACCCAACUGGGACCUUACAAUGGCCAAGGUCUGUCAAUAUAUAGACGGAAUCAACCAUGUCAGCCGAAUCGCUCACCUCGCCGAGUGCGAUGUUGAAUUGACGAGACAAGCAAUUUCGCACCUGUUGUUUUAUCAAGUCAUCAUGACAAUUGAUAUCUUCCAGUACUCCAAUAUGUACACCCUACGAAAGAGUAUACAAUGGCUUGCAGACGAAGCUCAUGUGAAGGAAGAGUGUGGCGCGUAUGUGGCGAAGCCUGGAAGGAUGCACGCCGAUUGGCCAAAGCUUUUGCGUCUAUAUUCGCGACUUAAACCUGGUACAACGGUAUUUGAAUGGAUGCAAGAGCAUGACGUCCGCGAUAUGGGCAUUGACGUGCGCCGUUUCACAAGCUUCGGAGUCAUCAAGGGUUUCCUUCGUCGAGUCCACCGUUGGCCCAUUCUCCUCAAAGACGAAGCCAAAAAUUCCAAAGACGAUCCAUCACCUAGCCCACCUUCCCCCUUGGUGGAGCUCUUAGAUGGGGAGCAUCAUACAGAUGAGCUAUGCACGAGAUUCGAGGUCGGGUGGCCUAUGAUGGAGCAGUGGCUGGCUGCGAUUGGAGGAGGGAAAGGCGAGGGUGAUCUGGGGAAGGUUUUGAUUAUUUACCGAUGA